AUGUAUACUCACGUCUUUCAACAUUUGCUCAUUUUAACCUGCCUUAUCCAAACUUUGCUUCUCAUUUUUCUGAGUCACCUUUCCCAUGUUGUCCACAGGAACCUAGAAAACCAGAGUGAUGAGGUCACCUUCAUCCUCUUGGGCUUCUCAGAGUAUCCAGAGCUCCAGGUGCCUCUGUUCCUGUUGUUCUUAACAAUCUACACAGUCACUGUGCUGGGGAACCUGGGCAUGGUCAUGAUCAUCAGGAUCAACCCCAAACUCCACACCCCCAUGUACUAUUUUCUCAGCCACUUAUCCUUUCUUGAUUUCUGCUACUCUACAGUGGUUACACCCAAACUACUGGAAAACUUGGUUGUGGGAGACAGGACCAUCUCCUUCACAGGAUGCAUCAUGCAGUUCUCCUUGGCCUGCAUAUCUGUGGUGACAGAGACAUUCAUGUUGGCAGUGAUGGCCUAUGACCGAUUUGUGGCAGUGUGUAACCCUCUUCUGUACACAGCAGUCAUGUCUCAGAAGCUUUGUUCCCUGUUGGUGGGUGCAUCAUACUCUUGGGGUAUAGCUUGUUCCCUGACCCUCACCUACUUUCUAGUGCACCUAACCUUCAGAGGAAAUAAUAUCAUACAUAACUUUGUCUGUGAGCCUGCUGCUAUUGUCUCUGUGUCUUGUUCUGACCCUUACAUUAUCCAGAAGAUCCUAUUAGUGUCUGCCACAUUCAAUGAAAUAAGCAGCUUGGUGAUCGUUCUCACUUCCUACAUUUUCAUUUUCAUCACUGUCAUGAGGAUGCCUUCAACUGGGGGGCGCCACAAGGCUUUCUCCACAUGUGCAUCCCACUUGACUGCCAUCACUAUCUUCCAUGGGACCAUUCUUUUUCUCUACUGUGUUCCUAACUCCAAAAGCUCCUGGCUUAUGGUCAAGGUGGCCUCUGUCUUUUACACAGUGGUCAUCCCCAUGCUGAACCCACUGAUCUACAGCCUCAGGAACAAAGAAGUGAAGGAGACAGUCAAAACUUUAAUCAAUACUAAAUUGUUCUGUCAGGAAAAGUGA